UUCGCAGAAAAAAUUAAUAAUUUUCUUUGAAGAGAAAUAAGAUAAUUGUACAAUAUCGUGUAAUUUGCCAUAAACAAAUUUUAAAAAAGGCGGACUUUUAUUUGGCACGUGUCAGCGCACAUGAGCAGCCGAGUGUAACAUGGCGGCGACCAUUGCUCGCAUCCCAUUUGAUGGCAACGAAGAAAUAAGUGGAAGAAGAGGGAGAAGAGAGGCUAGAAACUGGCCGGUUUCCCUCAGAUGUCAGCACAUUGGGUCGUAUAUCGCGGUGGUAGUAGUGGCGGUGAAGGCGAUCGGUGGUGCGGUGGUUGAGCUUGCAGAGUGAUAUACUGAAUAACGUUAGAGAGUGACGGUGUAUGUAACUUCUACCAGCGCCGGAGAGUUAAGCCUUACGCAUUUUCGUCUCCCGUGCGGGGGCUACCCUUCGCAAGAAUCCGCGUCACGCAUGGCACCGUUUCGUGCCUAAGACGCUUUUUUCCUUGGAGACAGAGAGAACAGGAUCGUGCGCGGCCAGGGCCCAGCCUCUUCGCGUGCCUCGUGUCAUUUUGCCGUUUUCGAGCGCCGGAGAGACCGAGUCGCGAACGAGUCGACAGAAUGACCAGUCAGGAGACACUUGACCAAGGGAUCAGUAACGUGGAAACCGAGUAUCUUGAGAUCAACUCGAAGGGAGCCUGGCCGAUUCUCUAUCAGCACAUACGUAAUGAAUGCAGUAAUUUUACAUAUACAUAUAAUGAGUCAAAGAAGCCACAAAACAAAAAUUUAAACCGUUAUAGAGAUGUUUUGCCAUAUGACCAUAGUAGGAUUGUCCUUAGAAGAGGGCCAUGUGAUUACAUCAAUGCUAAUCUCAUACGGGUAGAUCGUGCCCAUAGACAAUACAUUCUUACACAAGGACCAUUAGAAAAUACUGCUGGCCAUUUCUGGCUAAUGGUAUGGGAGCAAAAUUCUAAAGCUGUGUUAAUGUUAAAUAAGAUAAUUGAAAAAAAUCAUGUUAAGUGCUAUCAGUAUUGGCCUCUUGGUGAUUCAACAAUUAAUACUAUGAUGUUUCCGGAUGUUGGUAUAAAUGUAACAUAUAUUAGUAAAACAGAAUCAUCAGAUUAUACAACUAGAAUAUUGAAGUUAACUGAUUUGGAAACAAAAGAAAGUAGAGAAAUAUUACAUUUCCAUUACACUACUUGGCCAGACUUUGGAGUUCCACAAAGUCCAACAGCUUUUUUAAGGUUCUUAACAGAUGUUAGACAAUCAGGAGCAUUAGAUCAAAAUGUUGGGCCUCCUGUAGUACAUUGUUCUGCAGGAAUUGGGAGAUCAGGGACAUUUUGUUUAGUUGAUACUUGUCUUGUUUUGAUUGAAGAAAAUGGAUUGAAUUCCGUGAAUGUUAGAGAGAUAUUAAUAGAAAUGAGAAGACACAGAAUGGGUUUAAUUCAAACACCGGAUCAACUAAGAUUUUCAUACGCUGCUAUCAUCGAAGGAGCAAAACAAUUGCCAUCCAAUAAUGUGAAUAUUAAUAACGAAGUAGUAACAAAUCAUUAUGAUGUGGUAAGUAACAUUAAUAAUCCUCCAAAUGGAGAGGAAGAUGAACCACCUCCUUUGCCACCUCCAAGAGGUGAAUCGUUAACACGUAGUAUGAUGGCUGAUUUAACUUCAAAUCCAAUAACAAGAAAUGAUGAAUUACCACCUGACAAACCAUUACCUAGAGAGCCAUCAGUUUCCACAGAAAUAUCUACCACCAGUCCACAGAUUAUUGCAAAUUCUACAGUAAUCACAAACAAUUUACACGAACAGAGUUCCGACGGUGUUGCGGUGCCUAAUGAUAAUAUCAGUGACGGUGAAAACUCUUCAAAGACAAUUAGUCCUCCGUCCAGUCCGGAUACGAAAAACGAAGUACGUCAUCGUAAUAAAGAAAAGAAAGAACGUUUGGCAGCACAAGUGCGGGAGAUGAAGCGUCGUCAAAAAGAGACUGAAGAAUGGCAGAAGCUUAAGAGGUCAUUAUUUAAACCUCUUACAAUAGGCAUAGGUGCUGCAAUUGUUGGUGGGGGUAUUAUAGCGAUUUGUGGCUAUUUGUACAUGCGUGGUUAAGAUCCAAUAGUUUUCCUGUCACGCAUGUACAUGGACUGUCGAAUUUGUCAGUGAUACUAGGUGAUCCGCACAUUCAAAGAUAGUUACUUUCACCAUGAAAUAUUUAACAGCUCUUUUGCACAUGCCGUUGAUUGUCGUUUCGAGAGACUAAGUCAGGGAGAAGCAUUUAGUGUUAUAUAAUUUGAAGGAAAAACACACGCAGUCGUCGUGAGGCGUUAGAAGAUAACUGACGAAUGUUUGUCAUUUUACCAAUUCAAUUGAUAAUCUAUAUUAUUAAUACUAAUGUGUAUUAAUGAGAGAUUAUCAAUUGAGUUGGUAAAAUGAGAAACAUUCGUCAGUUAUCAAAGGAACGUUUGAGAAGUUACUUAUUCUAACAAAGUGCAUUUUGUAAAGGACAUUGUUGCACGAUAAGGAAACGAGAAGAAACAGGAAGUCUUAAAUGACAGGAAGAGGAGAUCUUCGAUUUGUAUUUUUAUAUUGUGAUUCACUCAAUAAGUAUGUAGCAUUCUAGAAGGUAUACAUUCUUUUGAACAUUUUUUUUCUCAGCUUUCCUUGAAAGUUAUACUUUAUGAAGUCAGUAAAUACUUUUACAUUCAUAUUUCCAAUUAUAGUAAAAUAAGAGACACAUUGAUUUAGAUUUUUAUUUUGUGAUCUUUUUCUGCCCAGUUAGGAACACAGAUUAUCUUUUUUAUUUGUUUGAUAACGCUAACAAGUGAGCAUACAUUCUAUGUAUGAAAUAGCGUGGGAGAAAAAGCACAUUUAAAAAUCUAAUAUAAAUAAAUAAUCAAUGUUCUCUUAUUCUCAUAUUGUAAUGAUCGUAGAUUCUCAUAUACAACAAACACUGCACGCAAAGUGAGUGCACAUUUCAAUAAGCAAAAUUGGUUACUCUCAAAAUAAUAUUCAAUAUACAGGCAAUUAAAAGUAUUAACUUACCACUUCUUUUUCUUUGUUACAAUAUUUAAAUAAAUUUAGAUUUCUUUAAUUUAAUUCAUUUCAUUACGACCGAUAUUUAAAUCAUCACAUUAAGUUGAAAAAUAAAUAAGAUAAAUUUUCUUUGAAUAAAUUUCAUCUACUAUUAGCAAUUAUUCAGGGUACCAAAAUCAUUCGCUUAAAGUUUAUAAGUACCCCUGAUUAUCUUGCUAAAAUCUAAUGGAUAUAUUCAUGAUAGUCGUAGAGAAAACGUUAACGAAUUUUACGAUUAUAAUAUACUAUGUAAAUGUUUCUUUUUAUAAGUAACUUGCCCAAUCAACUAGAAUACAUUUUUUUUUUUUAUAGAAUGUUCAUAA